GUGGGCGAGGUAUUAGGAGAUGUGCAUACCAUUACCAUGGACCCAGAAGGAAGUUCCACAUACGACAUCGCCAUUAUCGGUGGUGGUCCCGUCGGCCUAACGACCUCGAUCCUGCUCUCCCUCCGCGGCAUCAAAAACGUCCUCUUCGAGCGGCAUUCAGACACUUCAAUCCACCCUAAAGCAUGCGGAAUAAACCAGCGCACCACAGAGAUCUUCCGCAUCGCGGGCAUAGAAAAGGAAGUCUACGGGCACGCUGCACCGGCCGAGAUCGCAAGCCGGACCGCUUGGUAUACUUCCCUCGGCCCUUCGGGCAGCGAGAUCGCCUCGAGGGACGCGUGGGGUGGUGGUGUUUACGAGGAAGAGUAUAAGCGGAAUUCGCCGAGCAGGUAUUGCAUUCUGCCGCAGAUAAGACUGGAGCCGAUUUUGAAGCGCCGCGCAAUCGAGCUCAACCCCACGGGCAUCAAAUACAGCUCCGAAGUAACCGGAAUCACUCAACACAAAGACCACGUCAUGCUCAUCGUGCAGCAAGGCUCUAGCUCGGUCAAACACGCCGCAAAAUACGCCAUCGUAGCAGACGGCGGCCGUUCCUUCACAGACGCCCUCGGCGUGCAAUGGCUCGGCGAACGCAACAUCUUCAACAUGGUCACCUCGCACUUCAAAUCCCCCCUCCUCCGCAGCCUACACCCGGACCCGCGCAACUUCAUCACCUGGUUCAUCAACCCCUCCAUGGGCGGCAGCACAGGCACAGGCUUCCUGUACCAAAUCGGGCCAUGGCCCAGCGCCUCCCCCAGCGACGAAGAAUGGGUCUUCGUCUGCGCGCUCACGGCGCAGGACCCCGAGCGCUUCACCCAGGACACCAUGACGCGCCGGCUGCGCCAGACGCUGCAGAUCCCGGACCUCGAGGUCGAAAUGCAGAGCUUCAGCCACUGGAACGUUAAUGCUAUAUACGCAGAGCGGUACCGCGUGGAUCGCGUGUUCCUCGUCGGCGACGCCGCGCAUCGCAUUCCGCCCUGGGGCGCGCUGGGCAUGAAUACGGGCAUCCAGGAUGCGCAGAAUCUAGUGUGGAAACUGCAGUUCGCGCUGGAAGACGAGGCGAAGUACGCUGGGCUGCUGGAUACAUACGACGACGAGCGCAAGCCGGUCGGGAAACGCGUCGGUCUGUCCAGUCUGCAUAAUCUGCGCAGUCACGCGGGGGUUAUGGAUGUAGCGUUGGGCCUGGGCCCGGAGAACUCGGUGGAUGAAAAUAGGAGGAAUAUGGAGAGCGCGUUUGAUAAGGGGCAUCCAGAGUAUGCGGCGAAGCGGGCUGCGAUUGAGAGGGCGCAGAAGACGCUGGAUUUGGAGUUUAAGGCGCCUGGCGCUGAGGUCGGCUGGUUUUAUCCGUGUAUGGAUACGCAGGAUGAGGGAGGGCCGACGUUGCAUCAGGGCCAGUUGCUGGGUGAUGGGGAGCUUAACUCGGAGUUUUAUGUGCCGUCGACGAUUCCGGGACAUUUUGUGCCGCAUGCAUGGCUGCGGAGGGGCGGGGAACGGUGCGCCGUGUUGGAUCUUGUGCCGCUUGAUCGGUUGUUGUUGAUAGCGCGGAGUUGUAGAGAGGCCUGGGAGGAGUUGGGCGAUAAACGCGUUCGGGUGGAGGUUAUUGGGGAAGAUGGCUGGAUAGAUGUGGAUGGAGCUUGGGAGAGACUGUGUGGUGUCUCCCAGGACGGUGCUGUGCUUGUGAGACCAGAUGGGAUGGUGGCUUGGAGGGGCGAGCGGGGAGAAAUGGAUUCUGAGGUGUGGAGGCGUCUGAUUGAUAGUAUUUUGCAUGCUGGAUAAGUUUACACUGCGUAAAAGGGAGGAUAGAGAUAGACUCGUCCAGAUUGGGAGCAGAUCACGUGGACACCAUAGAGCUGGAGCUUGUGAACCAGGGGCCGUCCCUACGGACAGCAACA